UACAAGUGACACCUGAAAAUGACUAAGCUUUUGUUACUCUUUAUUCUGAUCACUACUUAUUUAUUUUCCUUCAAUGAUUGAAUGUCGCGUUAAUUGUGCAGUAACUCUUCUGCUGGUGGAGUCUACAGAUUACAAGUCUGCGAAGAGCUUCUAAAUGGACAGUAUGCCUCCUGCCACGGUGACCACUUAGCAUCAAGUAGCAUUGACUGUUUUUAAAGUGGAAUGUCUGUUAGCAGAUAUUGGGAUGAAUUUGUCCACUGUUACCUGCUUCAAGAAAUCAAUACAGCCAUAGAGUACCUGCUGCACAUCUCUCCAAUUUUGUGCCAAACUCCUCUUUGGAUUACACAGGAGAUGCUGAGACAGCCAAGGAAAAGCCAGCCUGCUCUUUAAGGUCAUGUUUUUAUUGUUGGAUAGCACAUAAUGGCACCUUGAUAUUUUUUUUUCCAGAAAAGGAAGGUGGCAUAUCUAAUUAUUUUUAAAUCCCUUACAUUUCUUCAAACAGCUGGAAAACAGUAAGAGACAACAUUUUUGAGGGAUUCAGCCACACGGUGACAGGAGCACGUGUGACUCAGGAGACAGUGGACUUCAACCAUCUCUGGGCACUUGAAAAUUAAUUUUGACCAAAUAAUGAUGGACCAUAUAUUUUUGCGAGUCAGAUUUUCAGCUCGACAAACAAACUGAAAAUAAGCUGCAAUAUACUCUUUCUAUUCUGUUUUCCAGAGGGAGCAUCGACUAUCAAUGUCAAUGAAGUGGUCAACUGACAAGUAUGAUAUUAACUGCUUAACUAAUUGCUAUUGUUAUGAGAGUAUUGGCUGUCUUAAUGGAGUGUGGUCAUGCCUGUGACUAACACAAUUUCAGACAUGAACUGGAGUCAACAAAUGCAUCACCCAGACACUUUGUCAACACACUGCUCUGAUGCGUAACAUUAACAGGCCAUUACACUAAUUACUCAGACUUUUAUUGUGAAUGCAUGGAGACUUUGGGGAUGCAAGGAAACCGCAGCAGCCUUGGCCAAAUGAACCGGGCAGAUGAGACUUUGAUUAAGGCUGUGGUGCCUAUCCUGGAUGGGCUAAUCCUGGUGACUGGCCUUGUUGGCCAAACCCUCGUCAUCACCAUCCUCACUGGCAGGAGGAGGAAAGGAAGUCAACCCCCGCAUGGUACAGACACCCUGCUGCUUGCUCUGAGUGCUGCUGACCUGCUGCUGCUGCUCUGCCUCCCCUUCCACACCUCUGCUAUCACCCUGGGCUUCUGGCCUUUUGGCAGCUUCCUGUGCAAAGCCAUUAGCUUCCUGGGUGUGGCCUGCUCGGCUGCCUCAGUCUUUACCCUGGCAGCUUUGGCUGUGACACGCUACCUCACAGUGGUUCACCCCACCUGGGUGUACCGUUCAAGAAUGCACAGAUGUAUAAAGUUGACAGUAGCUCUGCUCUGGAUCCCUGCCUCAGCCUUGGCAGCUCCGCAGUUUGCCUUCCGCACCAUUACCGUGUCCAGCGCUGUGUACUGCUUUGCCUUCUUGUCUGACUUCAGCCAGCUGGUCUACAGCAUCGCUCUCUUCCUGUUCGGCUUUGCGCUACCACUAGGCAUCAUUGUACUGAUGUAUACCAAGAUCUACUGUUUUCUUCGACAUGCGCGUCUGCUAGGGAACGCUCCCCAGCUGGAACGCUACCAGAGCCAGGUCACUCACACUUCAGCUCUCCUGGUCCUGGUCUUCACUCUCCUGUGGCUGCCCUCCUAUGCCCUCAUGUUCUCCUUCAUUGGAGGAACCAUAACAGGCUCACCUGGCUACAACACUAUUGCCAUCCUGGCCAGACUGUUGGCAUCCUCAGUAGCAGUGGUAAACCCUGUACUGUAUGGCUUUGUGUCUCAGAAGUUUAGACGAGACUUACUAGAGCUGGGGAGAGAGCGCUGGGCAUGGUGCAAAAGCUGUCUGAUUGGCUGUCCUCAUGUGAUGAGCAGGGACAUGGUACAGCCCUUUGAGCUGGACACAACCUCAGAGAGAGGCCAGAACUGAGUCUUCGACCAGAAGAAAACAGUGCUACCACAUAAUUUACUUAACCCUGGAAUUAAAGCUACUUAAUUUGGACAAAAGUAAUAUUGUGAUAUUAAUAAGAAUAUUUUACUAUAUCUCUUUACAUUUAUAUAUCACUACAUGGAAAUGUAUGCAAUAUUACAUGACAUACUCGAGGUGAUGUGAAUUUCAGAAUGAAGUAAAACACAGAAUGAACAUAUUAUUAUGUUAUAGUUCUAAUAAAAGAUAAUGUAAGAUCAUUUUGAUUUAUUGCACAGUCUCAUCUGGACUAGUGCUCUCCUCUAACUUUGGCUGGAUUAACUCUUCCUUGUGGAAUAAAUUCUGUAGUGAGUGGAUGAAAUAAUAAUGUGGAGAAACCAACCAUGAUUCUUACAAUCUGCUCAAACCCUGAUCUCAAGGCAACAUCAAUAAAAACACUAACCCUGUG